AUGGCUGCGCCAAUAAACGACGAGAAAUAUGACCACACUAGUAGCGACGUGAGAGAAGAUGCGCCUCCCGCAGAGGUCGCUGCGGUCGUCGCACACGAGAUCGCGCACGAAGUCGACGAUAGCAAGUACUCGCCUUGGACCAAGUCGAUGUUCACCCUCUAUGGCGUUCUUUUCGUCGCAUACUGCUGCGGUGCCCUCAAUGGGUACGAUGGAUCGCUUAUGGGUGGUCUCAAUGGCAUGACCUCGUACCAACGAACUUUCAACAUGACAACCUCGGGCUCAUCCACCGGUAUCGUCUUCAUGAUGUACAACGUCGGCUCUGUAGCUGCCAUCUUCUUCACCGGGCCCGUGAAUGAUCUUUUCGGCCGCCGCUGGGGUAUGUUCACGGGUGCGGCUUUGAUCAUCGUCGGCACCGCCGUGCAAGCAACGAGCCACGACAUUCCUCACUUCCUGGGUGGACGUUUCAUUCUGGGUUUCGGUGUCUCCUUCUGCUGCGUUUCUGCGCCGACCUACGUGAGCGAGCUGGCCCAUCCCAAGUGGAGAGGAACGCUCACUGGCUUGUACAAUUGCAUGUGGCCUGUUGGAUCAAUCAUUGCAGGAUGGGUUGUCUACGGCUCUUCAUUCAUCCCCGGAGAUGAUGGAUGGAGGAUCCCCGUCUGGAUCCAAAUGGUCACUAGCGGCAUCGUGCUUAUCUUCGUCUUCUUCCUCCCCGAGAGCCCUAGGUGGCUCGUUGCCAACGAUCGACAUGAAGAAGCUGCCAAGAUUCUUACCAGGCUUCACGGCGAGAAGGAUCCCGAGCACCCGAUUGUACAACUGCAGAUGAAGGAGAUGAUGGCGCAGAUUUCCAGCGAGGCUAGUGACAAGAAGUGGUGGGAUUACCACGAACUCUGGAAUACCCAUUCUGCGCGCAGGAGAUUGAUCUGCGUCAUUGGCAUGGCCAUUAUGGGACAGGCCUCCGGAAACUCACUUUCCAGCUACUACCUUGUCACUAUGAUGAACACGGCCGGAAUCGUCCAAGAGCAGAAGGUCCUCGCUCUCAACGCAGUCAACAGUGUUCUCGGUCUUCUCGGCAGUGUUGUCGGUGCCCGCCUGACUGACAGGGUUGGCCGUCGCCCUUUGCUCAUCUACAGCAUUCUCUUCUGCAGUAUGACUUUCGCCGUUAUGACCGGAACAUCUAAGAUGGCUGUUGACAACCCGGACAACACCAAUGCUGCGAACACUACCAUUGCCUUUGUGUACCUUUUCGGUGUUGUCUUCUCGCUCGGAUGGACGGCUCAGCAGAGUAUGUAUAUCGCCGAGACCUUGACGACUACCACCCGUGCCAAGGGAACUGCCGUCGGCAACUUCGCGUCGUCCGCCAUCUCUCUCGUUCUCGCUUACAGCUCUGGGCCUGCUUUUGAGAAAAUUGGAUACUACUUUUAUCUCGUCUUCGUCUUCUGGGACAUUCUCGAGGCCAUCUUCAUCUUUUUCUUCUUCCCUGAGACCAAGCAUCGUACUCUUGAGGAAUUGGAGGAGGUGUUCUCCGCACCAAACCCUGUCAAGAAGAGCUUGGAACCCCGCAGUGCUAGCACGGUGCUAGAGACAAUGAAGGUUCCGAACGAGAAGUUUGAUGUUGAGCACGUUUAA